CCUGCUCCGCCCCCCUCAGUCCCCCUCCUGCGCCCUCAGGGCGACCAUGCGCCGGGAGGAGGGAAUGGGGAGGUUGCCGCUGGGGUAAUAGAGGGCGCGUGGGCAGGGGAGGGAGUGGCCAGCGGCUGCCGGAGAGGCGGGAAGGCAAGGACAAGGGGGGGCCCGGGCUAUAAACGCUCGGCUGCAGCAGCGCCCGCAGAGGAGCCGCCGAGCCCACCCCAGCUGCCCUGCGGACCCCGCCGCCUCCAGCCGAGACCCUUCCAGGGCUCCGCGGGCGCAUCUCCCGGCGGCAGGGCGGAGGGGUGUCCGGGGCGGUGCCGGGGCGCAAUCCUGGAGGGCGGCCGGGAGGAGGAGGGAGGCGCAGCCAUGCACAGGGCGGCUAUAUCCGGGCCCAACGCGUCCUGGUGGGCGCCCGCCAACACCUCGGGCUGCCCGGGCUGCGGCGCCAACGCCUCCGACGGUCGGGUCCCCGCUCCGGGGUUCGUGGACUCCUGGGUGGUGCCGCUCUUCUUUGCGGCGCUGAUGCUGCUGGGCCUGGUGGGGAACUCGCUGGUCAUCUACGUCAUCUGCCGCCACAAGCAGAUGCGGACAGUGACCAACUUCUACAUCGCUAACCUGGCAGCCACGGACUUGACCUUCCUCCUGUGCUGCGUCCCCUUCACCGCCCUGUUGUACCCGCUGCCCGCCUGGGUGCUGGGCGACUUCAUGUGCAAGUUCCUCAAUUACAUCCAGCAGGUCUCGGUGCAGGCCACGUGCGCCACUCUGACCGCCAUGAGCGUGGACCGCUGGUACGUGACAGUGUUCCCACUGCGCGCCCUGCACCGCCGCACGCCCCGCCUGGCGCUGGCUGUCAGCCUCAGCAUCUGGGUGGGCUCCGCGGCGGUGUCUGCGCCGGUGCUCGCCCUGCACCGCCUGUCCCCGGGGCCAAGCACCUACUGCAGAGAGGCCUUCCCCAGCCGCGCCCUGGAGCGCGCCUUCGCGCUGUACAACCUGCUGGCGCUGUACCUGCUGCCGCUGCUCGCCACCUGCGCCUGCUAUGGGGCCAUGCUCCGCCACCUGGGCCGGGCCGCCGUGCGCCCCGCGUCCCUCGAUAGCGCCCUGCAGGGGCAGCUGCUGGCUCAGCGCGCCGACGCGGUGCGGGCCAGGGUGUCGCGGCUGGUGGCGGCCGUGGUCCUGCUGUUCGCCGCCUGCUGGGGCCCCAUCCAGCUGUUCCUGACGCUGCAGGCGCUGGGCCCCGCGGGCGCCUGGCACCCGCGCAGCUACGCCGCGUACGCGGUCAAGACCUGGGCUCACGGCAUGUCCUACAGCAACUCCGCGCUGAACCCGCUGCUCUACGCCUUCCUGGGCUCGCACUUCCGACAGGCCCUCCGCCGCGUGUGCCCCUGCGCGCCCCGCCGCCCCCGCCCCCGCCCCCGCCGGCCCGGAGCCUCGGACCCCGCCGCCCCGCGCGCGGAGCUGCACCGCCUGGGGUCCCACCCGGCCCCCGCCAGGGCGCAGAAGCCAGGGCGCGGCGGGCCGGCGGCGCGGGAACUCUGCGUCCCGGGGGAGGACGGCGCCCCUCUCUGAGCGGACCCGUGGGGAAACAAGCGGCCCCCUCCGGAGCGGGGGCUGCUGGAACAGCGGCUGUUCUUCUGUUUGUCAUGUUUUUCUUGCAGUCCGAGAUCAUCCAUGCAAAUGUUUUGGCCUCUUCUGACAGUCGGGUGCAGGUUUGCUGUGAUGUUUGCUGUUGACAUUGAAAUUAUCUCUGUGUUUCCUGAAAUUAAAGAUGUGUCA